AUGUCUGUGGACACCAAAAGCCGAAAUGGUGCCAUUGGGGUAUCGCACGGAAGGACAGCACCGCCAGAAAUACCGCAUGUCACAGCAAAUAUACUUCCUUUACUGAACAUACUACGUUUUCACACGCAAGAAUCCUAUAAACGCCUCGAGAGCUUAGUUGAGAAGCUAGCUAAUACAAAGACUACAAGCAGCGAUGUCAAUCGAAAGCUAGCUCUUUUAGAUCUUAUUGUGUCUAUGAGACAAGACUUCGUGAAAAUUUAUACCUUAGUCAAGUGGGCUCAAAGGUCAAAAGAUGUCUCCAAGCUAAUAGAUCUUCUUAACUGGCUCCGAAGUCAAGAAUACUACUUCGAAGGUUUGAGCCAUGGUAUCAAUGAGCUUAAUCAUUUCUCAGGUGCAAAACUUCCCAGCUCCGAUAUUCCACUUGCACUCGAAGUGCUAGUGAGAGGUCGGCCACAAUUACCCUCGUACAACUACAUACAGAAACCGCCCAUCUCACCCAAAAUUAUUCUCAAGGUCCUCAAAGACUUAAAUCUAGCUCUUACGGCCAGAAUGGCUCUUAUGGAUGAGAUUCCCCAUCGGUUUCACAAUAAUUACGUUGUGAAAGAUGGACGCAUUAUUAUCACGAUUCCUGGCGAGUUUCAAGUUUCGAUCACGGUUGCCAACGAUUUGAUUAUCGAUGAACCUUGUGACUACCAUAAAUCCCCAUUCUUUUUCAUCGACUUUGCAUUCCUCUUCGGCAUUAACCCCGAAACCUCAUUAAUCACUCAUAAAGAUUCAAAGAUUGUCAGUGCUCUACCAAAGGCGUCUCGGGAAAAACUUGAAAGUGUUGCAAAUCAAGUUCUAUUGAACCUGUCUUUGCUGGGUCUCUAUGAGGUGUUGCACAAGUACAGCAUUUCUUUCAAGCUAUUCCUCAUCUCAAGGCAAUUAAAGGAUUUGUCUGUUAACAGUAAAUGGAGAGGGAAUUUUCAAUUCAAGUACUCCUCAUCUCUCAUCAUCAUUAAUUACUGGAACAAUCAUUUCCUCUCCCGGAGUUGGAAGUCUUUUAUUGAAAUUGGUAUCGACAAGAAAUACAAUUUGAAUUUCCGUUGGUUCAAAAACGGAAAAUAUGAACUCGAUCACGAUAUCCCAGACAUAAACGGGAACUCCUCAGAUCCUGAAGAUGCCGAAGAUUUAAGUAUUGAUUCGAUUCUCACAACGAUCGUGCACAAACAUUCGGAGAAAAUCAUGAACAAAAUCCACAACCUAUUCAAUAAAACUGUCAACCAAAGUGCUGCUUCAUUUCUUAGUCCUCAUCAAUUGUUAGUUGAGUUGACUCCACGCAAGAGCACAAUUCUUGCAAUUAAUCCUCUUACUGGGUUUUUGUUUUUCACGGAUCCAUCGCCAAUCGAAUCCCAAUACCAAGCAAAAAUAAACAGCGUUCCCUCUGUCACCGAGAACAAGAAUUUCAUUACAGAGCAAGACAUGAUAAAAAAUGUUGUUGAGAAUCUCAUACUCAUAAGACUCGACAUGAGUAAUAGUUUCUUGAGAACAAAACUUAUAACUACGGAAUGGAUUCCAAACGAUUUCAUAAAAAUUAGCGAGAAUGAGACCAGCCGCUUGUUUAGUUUCAUCACUGACCUUAGAUCAAACCCGUCCUACAAGUUGCAAUUUUAUCGAUGCCGCAAUUGGCCCUCGGCAUGGUUUCUCAUUUAUAUGCUAAAUGGCCACAGCUCUAAGACUCAUUGGUGGGUGGCACGCACGAAAUCAAUUCAGGGAGAAUGGAGGCUUCAAUGGCUAAAAAUGCUUGACACUGAUUCACAUUCCGAGCUCGACUACAAGUUCCUCAACAAUUUGUCUACUUCUUGCUCUAAUCUAAUCAUUCAUCAUCUCAUCACAGAAGAGCUCGAACAGAGAGAGGUACAGUACUUGAGGGUCAACAACAAGGAGAUACUCCGUAAGUUUAAUGUUCCUGGUGAUCUCACCCCUCAAACAUUCGAGACAGUAAUUGCUCUCCACAAUUCUGGAAAUUUGCUUCCCUUGUCGGCUUCUUCUUCGACCAUUUUUCUUGUGGUCAAGCUAUCUACUGAGGGUACUUCGACUAAGUUGCAACUCACGAUGUAUGGUUCACUCAAAGAACAAAAACUGGGUGAUGUGAUCUCUUUUGCCCACAUUGAUGUAAAACUUCAUCCAGAUCUGCUUUUGUUUGAGCUCCUGUCUUCCGUUUGUUUGAAUGAAAAUAACGAUGAGACAAACGAAUCGACAUCUACCCAAAAGUUGUUGACAGUUUUGUUCGAAAGCCUUCGUAGAAUGAGCGCACUUCUAAUAUCUUUGGAGCAAUUGAGAGCUUCAAACAUUGAAGUGACAAGGUACGAUCUAUCUGAGAUAUGCUUCAAAGUUCAUUCGUUUUACAAACCUUUCACUCUAAUUCUCGCAAAUCAGGUUGACGGAAGAAAGGCACAGAUCAUUCCCGAUCAGAAUGAAAACUCUCACGUGAAGCUUCUACUCGAUAUAGUGAAUAAGGAUUAUGCACAGAAGUCCAAUUCACUGGCCGGAUGCUUUAAGUAUCUCCAAGAAUGUGUUAGCAUUUUCCGAGCAGCACAGUCUGUCAACGAGAUAUUGGAUUCUAAUGAACUCAAACUUCCGAAUCAGUUGAGUCGUUUACGAUUUGAUUUCAAGUUCCAGAGUUUGAACAAAGUUCAUUUCAUUUUUAACAUUAAUAGUGCACACUCUACAUCUCCAAAAAAGAUACAAAAGGAUCGCAUUGUGUUCGCAAUCACGUUUGCUCGUAACAAAUUUGAUUCGCGGCAGAUUCUCUUCUUCAAGUUUUCGAUGAAGGACAACAUGUCCGCUGAAAACCUCAAGUUCAGAAAGCUAUUUGAGCUCAUAUACCGGGCAACUAAUGAGCUCCAAGAGACUUGUCACUCCAAAAAGAAAUCUUUUGUUAAGCUCAAUUACGACUUUCUCACCGAAGGUGAAAUUUUAGAACCAUUGAUGAAGAAGAUUGCUGAGACAUUUGUUUCAUACGUGCGGAGCGAAAAUUAA